AAGGAAAAACAAUUAUUCCGUUUCUACUACAGGCUACGGCCAUUAAUGUCUAAUGAAGCGCCCGUUCUGGGCAUGGUGAGAAAAUAGAGAGAGAAUACGGCUUGGGUUGGGUAAAACAAAAUAAAAAGUUAACGGAAUUUUUUGACGGCUUUUUUAUUUUAUUUCACCCACGUUAGCCUUUUGGGGUUAAAAAGUUAAAAACCCAUCACAGCCUUCCCAACCUAAUUUGUAGAAUUAGGGCACGCACAAUUUGUCGAAUCUUGAAAAAAAAAAUGCAAAUCAGCGGAGGAAGAAGAUUACAAGGAAAGCUUCGUCUUCGGGUGGAGGAGUGCUGUAAGCGCAGCUUCUCAACGGUGGAGGAAAUCGUGGACGACCUCAUCUCCAGCCACAGAGAUUAUAGCCAAAUGAAGAAGAAGACUUUAACUAUGAAUGUCCAGAAGGCCUUGGCAUCGUUCUCUCACCAGAGGGGGAGAGAGAGCAAGAGGAAGAAGAAGCAGCAGCAAGCGAAGCCCUCCUCUCCUUCAACACCGAUACGAGGCCAAGAGGAUUACGACGAAGAAGAAGAAGAGCAUGUAGACGUUAGUCGGGGAGGCGCUUCUCGGAAGAAGAAGCGGAAGAUAGCUGGUGGCGAGCAUGAUAAGUUGCAGCGAAUAGAAGAUUCACAUGUUCGAAAUUGGCGGAGGGGGAACAACCAUCGAACGACGUCGGAGGAAUCGGAAUCGGGAUCGGGUUCUGGUGAUUCGGAUUCGAGUUUUGACGGUGAAGAUGGCGCGGCAUCCACGUCGGAGGACGCGGUUUUCCGAGAGGAACUAGAGGCACCGAAGUUCGACGUGACGAAAUCGGGUCUACUGGCGACCUACAUGAAUUUAAACAAGAAGCCCCAAAAAACGGCGCUGGAGCAGAAUGUGGAAGUGGAGGUUGCUAGCGAGAAGCCCAAGAGGGUUGGAUUGGUGGAUGGGGGGACUGAGUUGUCGAAGGGGAGGAAUGGUGGAGGUGGAGGUGGGGGGGGGUAGGGUGGCGGUGGGGGUGGGGGUGAGGUGGUGAAGGGGGAUGAAGGGCCGAGGUUUAGGGAUUUGGGAGGGAUGGAGGGGUUGCUCGAUGAGUUGAGGAUGGAGGUGAUCGUGCCGUUGUACCAUCCACAGUUGCCGCGGUGGCUUGGGGUCCGCCCAAUGGCCGGAAUUUUGUUGCACGGCCCGCCCGGCUGCGGGAAAACCAAGCUCGCUCAUGCCAUCGCCAAUGAGACCGGCGUUCCCUUCUACAAGAUUUCGGCGACCGAGGUCGUUUCUGGUGUCUCAGGUGCAUCAGAAGAAAAUAUUCGGGAUCUCUUCUCUAAAGCAUACAGGACUGCACCAUCAAUUGUAUUCAUUGAUGAAAUUGAUGCAAUUGCUUCUAAAAGAGAAAAUCUACAACGAGAGAUGGAGCGAAGAAUUGUGACACAGUUGAUGACUUGCAUGGAUGACUCUCAGAAACUUUUACAUCCAGUGGAUGCCAAUUCAAAUUCAGAAAGUUCUGACCAGACGCCUGGCUAUGUUCUUGUAAUUGGAGCUACCAAUAGGCCUGAUGCUGUUGACCCUGCUCUGAGGAGGCCUGGACGAUUUGAUCGUGAGAUUGUCCUUGGUGUUCCAGAUGAAAAUGCGAGGGUUAAGAUUCUUUCUGUGCUUACGCGCAAUCUUAGACUGGAGGGUUCUUUUGAUCUUUUCAGAAUAGCCCGGUCUACUCCUGGUUUUGUUGGGGCUGAUUUGGAAGCCCUUGCUAACAAGGCCGGUAACCUUGCCAUGAAGAGAAUUAUUGAUGAAAAAAAGUCUGAUGUAUCAAAGGAUUCUAUAAAUGAGGAAGAUACUGAAGAUUGGUGGAGGCAACCGUGGUUGCCUGAAGAGAUGGAAAAGCUUACCAUCAAAAUGGCUGAUUUUGAGGAAGCAGUUAAAAUGGUUCAACCUUCGUUAAGAAGAGAAGGAUUCUCUUCCAUUCCUAAUGUAAAGUGGGUAGAUGUUGGAGGGCUUGAUUUCUUGAGAAAGGAGUUUGACCGUUAUAUUGUUAGGCGUAUACAAUUUCCAGAGGAUUAUGAGGGAUUUGGAGUGGACUUAGAGACAGGAUUUUUGCUCUAUGGGCCUCCAGGUUGUGGUAAAACAUUGAUUGCCAAGGCUGUGGCUAAUGAGGCGGGGGCCAAUUUUAUUCACAUCAAGGGCCCUGAACUUUUGAAUAAAUAUGUUGGAGAAAGCGAGAUGGCAGUUCGAACAUUAUUCAGCCGUGCAAGGACAUGUUCACCAUGCAUACUUUUCUUUGAUGAGGUGGACGCUUUGACAACAAAGCGUGGUCAAGAAGGCGGAUGGGUUAUUGAGCGGCUACUGAACCAGUUACUUAUAGAGUUAGACGGUGCAGAGCAGCGGCGGGGUGUUUUUGUAAUUGGUGCAACAAAUAGACCAGAAAUGAUGGACCCUGCUGUCUUACGCCCUGGUAGGUUUGGUAAACUUCUUUAUGUUCCUUUACCUAGUCCGGAUGAGCGUGGACUGAUUUUAAGAGCUCUUGGGAGGAAGAAGCCUAUAGAUGCCAGUGUGGAUUUGAGUGCUAUUGGGAAAAUGGAUGGCUGCGAGAAUUUGAGUGGGGCUGAUCUUGCUGCACUGAUGAAUGAAGCUGCCAUGGUUGCUCUUGAAGAAAAACAGGCUUCAACUGAGUGCACUCUGGAUGCGGCUCCUUCGACCAUCAAGACAACACAUUUUGUGCAAGCACUGGGUAAAAUCUCUCCUUCUGUGUCAGAUAAGCAAAACCGACACUACCAGAAUCUAUCGGAGCGUUUAAGGUCGGCAUGAGAUGAAUCAUUAGUUGAUUUUCUCCUGAGCUGUGGCUGAGAGGGGUCGACAGUCAGUCGACUUGCGACCUAAAUUAUAGGAAAAAAAUGCAUGAAAAAAGAAGCAAUUUUUUAUGUCAAAAGUGAAUAAGUAAUUAAGCUGGUUUGAUAGUAGUGUCAAAGAAGCUGCGUUCCCCACAAUGGGGAAAGAAAUUUUGUGGUGAUGGGUCUUCGAAACUUGCUGAGAAAUUGAGUUAUUCCGAAUCUUAGUAAUGAUGAAAGGUGAUUCUUUUGUUUUGGUAGAGUAAUGUUAGAAGUUUUUAUUGUGUCAUUGCAAGAGUGAUGUGGCUUUUAAAAUCAUCAUUGAGCUUGUAAUUGAUUGUUAUUAGAUUAUGAUCAAAUGAUAAUUUUAAAAGUCAUUUCAUCUUUGGAGUGAUAUAAGAGGCAAAGAACUUUCUUCUAGAGUUACUCA